CUCCUCAGCCGCAGCGCCCGCCUCAGCGCGGCGGGGAACCCGGCUUGGGCCCGGGCCUGGGACUCGGCCGUCCCCGCCGCCCGGCCACCCGGGACGUCGUCCAAAGGCCGUCCAGCCCUCGGGAGCUGGUGACACCCUCGGUGACGGAGCUGUCACGGGCCGUCCGCAGCAACAUCUUGUGCACGGUGGCCGGCUGCGGCAAGGUGCUGCCCAACCCGCCGGCGCUGAGUAUGCACCUCAGCAAGGCCCACCGCCUGCAGCAGGAUGGAAAAAUAUAUCCUGCAAUGAGGAAAGAUUUGAAAAUGCCACAGAAAUACUACUGCUGUCCUAUUGAAGGUUGUCCCAGGGGACCUGAAAGGCCAUUUUCACAGUUUUCUCUUGUAAGGCAGCACUUCAUGAAAAUGCAUGCUGAAAAGAAGCAUAAAUGCGAUAAAUGCACCAAUUCAUAUGGCACUAUAUGGGAUUUGAAGCGCCAUAUUGUGGACUGUGGCAAGACUUUCCAGUGUACCUGUGGGUGUCCCUAUGCCAGCAGGACGGCAUUGUUAUCUCAUAUUUAUCGGACACAACAUGAGAUCCCAGUUGAACACAGGGAUCCGCCUAGCAAGAAAAGGAAAAUUUCACUGUCUAACUGCACACUGGAAGAAAAAAGAACACACAGAAGGACGCCCACCAACAUCCACAGCAGAUGUGCCAGCACUGAGGAUUUGGAGACCCCUGAGAUCAAGUUGGUAGCCUCCUUGGAUGAUUCCAGCCAACCUUAUUUUAUUCAGCAAACUCAAGCACAGCCCAAAAAUGCACCAAAGUUUCUCUUGCCUAAGCCGAAAGUGGGUUUAGUUAAGCUCCCUGUAAUGCAGCUGACUCAAUUGCCUAUCUUGGUGCCAGCACCAAACUCCUCUAUGAAGCCCGUUGUGGUGACUGUGGACGAGAAAGGUUCUGUCAUGAGUACUGUUCACUUAAUGCCUAUGCCGGUCGGAAUUAUGAUACCCGCAAUGGAGACUGAAGCCCUUGCAUUGAAAACCCCCUCAGCCCUUUCCAGAACCAAAGCUGCUGAUGGUACUAAGCCGGUUAGUACAGGCAUUCAGGUGAAUUUAGGCAAAGCAUCCCCCCAUAAUCCUGUCCAGGAUCUUGAAGCUCUGUGCUAUAAAAACGGGAUCUGUUCCACAAAUGUUCAAACUGACCUCUCUUACUUUUCCCAGAAUUUUGUGCCUUCCGCAGCUUGGCCUCCCGAUUCCUCGGUGUCCUCUUGUUCUCAGACAGACCUGACUUUCAGCUCCCAGGCGUUGCUUCCGGUGAGCGUAGAGACGCAAACCCUGUUACCCAGCUCAAAGCUGACUUCCUCCAUAGCUGCUCAGACAGAUGUGCUUGCUCAAGCUUGCUUUCAACCCUGCGGAAUUUCUCGGGAGACUCAGACCGGCAAAUCCCCAAAAGGUAUCGAUGGGAACGUACACAUGGACCAGACUGUCACCUGCGGCGGUCUUUUCAACUGUGUUAAUUCCUCAUUUCCCGAUUCAAACCCCAUGACUCAUCCUGGUGUCCCCUUGAUGGCAACCAAUCUGGAUCAGAAUAUGCUACCGCAAGGAAACUGCAAAACUUUGAGCCCAGACACCAAGUGUGAGCCAAUGAUGAGCUUUAACUCGUCCACCAACGGUAUUCUUCCCCAGCAAAUUAUGACAGACAAUCAGACGCAAACCAUGGAGCUACUGAAUGACCUGGAAACCAUUUUUUCAAAUAACUCCACAGCCCAUUCGUUGGAUAACCGCAGUCUUUUAACGGAUACUCACCCCAACCCUGGCCUUCCCUUAAGCUCCGUCUCUACCCAGAACCCAGGAAUAGAUUUUGACAUUGAGGAAUUCUUUACGGCUUCCAAUAUCCAAACUCAAACCGAAGAGGCUGAAUUGGGCAACUUGAACUCGGUGCCGACCUUGGAGUUCCUAGACAUUGAAACCCAAACAGAUUUAUUUUCAGACCACACUACCCCAUCCUAUGCCUCUCGAGGCAGUUCUAAUUUCUUAGGCUUAGAAAUGUUUGAUACGCAGACCCAGACAGACUUAAAUUUCUUCCUGGACACUCCCUACCUGCCUCUGGGGAACAUCUUGAAGCCUUCUGCUUUUCUGAUGAGUGCGGACUCUUCCAAUACAGAAACCCAAACGGAAAUGAGAUGUCCAGACAGCGAGAUCUCCGAUCACAUGUCAGACGGAAAGGUCCAGCUGAGCAGUGCCGAAACGCAAACCAUAGACAGCUGCCUUGAUACCCUAGGCAGCUUAUUUCUCACCAGCAACGAGACUCAGACCGUGAUGGAUGAUUUCCUUUUAGCUGACUUGGCCUGGAAUACCAUGGACUCCCAGUUCAGUUCCGUAGAGACACAAACCUGUGCAGAAUUGUGCUCUUUGCUUCAGGGCUCCGACAAAGCAAGCUGUUGAGUGUGCCAUUCCCACACUGCAGCAUUUUGAGGGUUAAGUUAUAGGGGGAAAAGAAAAUGGGGCUGAGGUUAGUUCUAACUGACUAUAUAAAGCCUUGGUUUACAGACCUUGUCAGAUUGCAAAGUACCUUCACCGUUGUGUAUUGUGACUAAUUUAAACCCUGUUACAUAUGGUUACAGUUGUACGUUAUAUUUGGACACUUUAUAAGGCAUCUGCUGCUUACCUCUGCUAUCCUGAAUGCCCUAUGUUCACAAACCCACAGUUCUCCUCCGCACAUCGGUUUUAAUCAUGUCUGCCAUCUGACCUUCAUACUUCUGCUAAAGCUGCAUUCUUUGAAAAUUAACAAUAGGACUUUCGAGUAAAUAUAAUGCCCCAAGGUUUAACGCUGUAACUUUUCCUUUUUCUUGUUUUUCUGCUUAAACCGGUGUUGGUUGCCCCUGUUUAUAAGAAGUUUAUCUUUUAAGAAGUCUCCAGCCUGUGAAUUCAGUCUUCAGCAUAUUGAUCUGUUAUCGUUGACCAGUUCUGCUGCUGUGUUAGUUCCAAUAUUAUUAAAUGUAAUUUUCUAAGAAAAGAAGCCACAAAGUCUAUGAACCAGAUUUUCUUUAACUUUUGCCUGAGUAUUUUCCACUGUCAGGAAGUGAAUAACAUUGUCUUACAGGCCCAGCAAGAUGUCACACCAUUAAUGUUUGGAGUAGGUGCAGUUUGCUAGUAAGAAAACAAUGAGUAUCUUAUAGCCAGAUUUAAAAAAAACAACAACACUCCUGUGUAAUCUCAAUUGAUAUUACAGUUUUGGAGCUGAACUCAAUAGUUCCAAAACUUCUACCAAGUACAGAAAAUAAAGAGAGGAACACAUGCAGAAAUGGAAAAGGAAUCAUCUAAAGAGACACCACAAAAUUCCUUUUCAAAACGCAUUUUGAAUUUAACGAGUCUUCAAAGUUUCUGGUCUAAACAUAAUCUUACUGGGUUGUUCAAGAUUGUUUCUUGCUUGCCCUUAUUUCUGCUGGACUCAAUUAUUUCCACUGUUUAGAAAACUGCACCCUAUUUCUAGAGACAGAUAUGUCAGCUAAUAUUAAAAUAGCUGCUUCCAGAACACUGAUUUAAGACCAUGGUUUAAAAAGCCAAGAACAGGUUUACAGUUCAACCAAGUCAUUUGGUACAUCUACAGAUACUGCAGGAGGACAGUCUUUAUCAAAGGCCAGGUGACUUACAGUCAUAUUUACCAAAGAUCUCAACAUAUUGCUGGAGUGCAUUGGUGAGGGUGAGUACAUUCUUUGAUUUUUUUGUGGAGCACUGGAUUUUCUGAGCACCAUUGUAGUUUUCCAGCAGCCGAAAGGGUGUGGUUUUAUUGAUUCUUGCUCUUCCAAUAAUUAGGGGAAAUGAAAAGAACCCCUUAGUGUGUUUCCGUUGCGAGUCUGCGUAGAGUUUUGUUUAGGAUCAUGAUUUUAUUAAAGAAAAAUAUUUCAUUUAAAUUUCUUAAGGCCUUAUUCUCUCUAAAGUUUCCGUAAUUAGUAAGGUUGCUUAUUCUCUUUGAUAGUCCGCCUUGGAAGAGGGUUCUGGGCUCUUGAACUGCUUAUCUAAUUAUUUAAGAUAAAGAAUAGCAGAUUGGUAAAAAGCCCAUGUUCUGUAAUUUAGAACUCUGUGGCUCCAAAGGACAUUUUUUGGGAAAUGAAGGAUUCAAAUGAGGCAUAGAUUCUGUUAAAAUGCAUCAGUGACCGCGUCAGUCCGUAAACACUACAUUUGUGUGUGUACACAUGUAUGCCAUACAAGUUGCUUUUAUCAAGGAGUAAUUGCCGAUAUAAGGAAGUAUCGGUACAGUUUUUUUAUUUCACAAGGAAGAAGCAUCUAUGUUUUUACUGUAGAUUUGGGAGAACAUUCAGGAUGUACAAGAACAUUUCUAAUCCUGCUAAAGCAUCAAGCCGACACUUGUGUCUACAAGGUAGUGGAGUCCGCUUAUAGAAGCAUGUAGCUAGAUAUCAGAAUGCAGCGCCCAUGCUGCACAUUUGAUAGAAGUCCUCACAGCCUCCCUUGGAUCUGCCUAAUGUGUCUGUGUUUCAAUAUAGCCAAACAUUUGUGCAUUAAUCUUAAGUGCAUUAACAAAGGUUUUCCUCACCUAACUAUCCUGUUAUUUAAAAGUAGCAGCACCAAUUCAGUGGAAGUCAAGUUGUUGUAUAAGCUCUUCCUUGAUGGUGGAUUUAAGGAACUAUUUAUAGAAAUAAACUUUUUUUUUCCUGA